AUGACAGAGGAAAGCCGGGGCAAACGGAGGAAACAAGCCAACCCCAAGAGAAGUAAAGUGGAGCGGGUGUGUUCGCUGGGCUCGGAGGGGGAGGAUGAGCAGGGGGGCGUGUGGAGCAUGGAGCCCCAGGACUGCCAGGGGAGUCCCGGCCUGACCCCCAGCCACGGGACGGCGGACACGGCCAGCCACUGCAGCAGCCGCUCACCACCGCCCCUAGCGCCGCCCACAGCGCCGCCCCACGGCCUCAGCGGCCCCGGGGGCAGGCAUCCCUGGGCCCUGCAGACCGCUGACCCGCUGGGGGGUGGGGAAGACGAGGGGGCCAUCGCCCUACUGACCCCCAGAGACGGGGAACAUCAGCAGGGAUCCAUGGCUUACCAUAGUAAGACCACAGACUUCCCAUGUGCCUUAGAGGACCUGGCCCACUAUGAGUUCCUGGCCCAGCUGAGGAAGGCCACCACCUCGGACGCCACCCAAAAUGGCGGCGACUCCCUCUACAACCGCCGGCAGCACAGCGGUGGUCGGCACGACGAGCUACCCCCUGCCAUCUGGUCCCCAGGGGCCCAGCACCGCUCCACUGAAACACUCGACGGGACCGACGGUGUGAGGGGCCCGCACGUGUCCUGUCCCUUCUGCCAGAGGAACUACCUGCAGGGGCCGGCCCUCACGCAGCACGUCAGAUCCUGCCCGGAGAAGCACGCCGCGCACAUGGUCUGCCCGCUCUGUGGAUACACUGCCACCUGCAGGGCCCAGAUGGAACAGCACCUGGUGCUGCACAACCAGGUCCACGACAAGAAUUCCAUCGGCUCGUACCAGGGCCCUGAGACCAGGAAGUUCAAAUGCCAGCAGUGUGGCAAGGCCUUCAAGUACAAACACCACCUCAAAGAACACCUGCGCAUUCACAGCGGUGAGAAGCCGUACCAGUGCUCCAACUGCAAGAAGCGCUUCUCCCACUCGGGUUCCUACAGCUCCCACCUGAGCAGCAAAAAGUGCCUGAGUGGAGGAGGAGGAGGAGGAGGAGGAGGAGGAGGAGGAGGAAACAUGGCUGAAGCUGCGGGCAUCUUCAACAGCCUCGUCAAAGCCUCCCACUUCCUCCCCAUCCACCACCACCACCACCAACACCACCUCCACCACUCCUUCCCCACGUCUCCCCCUGCUGGCGGGGAGAGGAACUCAAACGGCCGGCACUCUCCGUUCUCUCCCAGCUCCUCAGACAGCCUGGUGUUCCCGGAGCCCCAGCAGCAGCAGCUGUUGUUGUUGUCCCCGCGGGACGGCCCCCAGAAGCCCUCCGCGUUCCAAAGGGCCGGGGGCUUCUCCCGGCUGUGGGACCCCACGGCGGAGCUGAGGGCCAACGGGUUCAAGAGCACGGCCCUGCUGCCGUACCUCCAGUCAGGGGCCAAGUUCGAGGAGGUCCUGCAGAGGAUGCUCCACAGGGAGGGCAAGAGACCCCGGGAGGAGGGGGGGGAUGAGGAGGAGCAGGAGGAGGAGGAGGAGGAUGAGGAGGAGAGGGACAGAGCAGGAGGAAGAGGAGGAGGAAGAGGAACGGGAGCCGCCAUGGAGAAGAAGAGGAGGGUGACAGAGAACGGAGGCGGGAUGGCCGGGGAGGGGAGGGCCGUGCGGGGGGCGACGUGUCGCUGGUGCCUGCAGCUCUUCCCCAACGCGGCCGUGCUCCUGCAGCACGAGCGCUACCUCUGCAAGGUGACCCGGGGGGCGUCGGAGACCCCCGCCGGGGGCCCUCACGGCCAGGGCCACGCCUCUCCGCCCCUCCUCUUCCCCAGAGCCUCCUUCCCGCCGGCCGACGGCCGCCCUGCGGACACGUCGCCCAGGCAGAAGCCCCCCCUCCGCCACGCGGCCCCCCAGCAGCUCCUGUUCCCCGUGCAGUCCUCCCCGACCCGGCCCCGCCCCGACGCCCUGUCCCCGUACUCCUACUGGCUCGGGCAGCCGGGCCUCAGCCCCGCUCCUCCGAUCAGCCCGUCCGCACCGCUGCCCUCCCCCAAGGCCAGGAUCAGAGUCCCUCCCGCCGGGUCGGGUUCGCCUCUCUGCCUCGCCGCCCCCUGCGCCCGCCCCCCCGGGGUCUCCCCGCCUCAGCACCAGACGGCCCGCCACCUCAAGGGGAGCUGGCCCGGGGGCUCUCAGAACGACCAGCCUCUGGACCUCUCCCUGCCCAGGCAGCCCACCGGCGGAGACGCCGGGGGCCACACCUCCAACGGGAAGCCCGCCAAAGAGGAGAGGAUGGAGGCGGAGCCCCAGCAGAGGACCAUCCUGAGUCCCGGCCGGCCCCUCUUACACCCCCACCACCUGGCCUUCGGUGGGGGCGGUGCGCCCCUGUUUGGAUACGACGGGUUCUCGGUGCUCGGCCCCAGGGCCCAGGCGGCCCUAGCUCUGCAGGGACACACAGGCCUGACGUCUCUCCCCCUGGGUCACCCGGCACACAGCGCAGACUUCCUCUCGCCCAUGGCCUACGUGAUGGAGAGAGACACCGAGGCCAUGUUGAAGAGAAUCCACCAGGACAGGCAUGCUCUUGUGAGCGAGGCCUUGAGUCGCGGUGUUCUGGACCACCGCUCCCUGGGGGACGAGGGGCCGGACGGGGAGGCAGGACCGGGCCGCAAGAGGCUGAGGAAGACGGAGGAAGGCCUGUACGCCUGCGACAUCUGCCAGAAGACCUUCCAGAAGAGCAGCUCGCUCCUGCGGCACAAAUAUGAGCACACAGGCAAACGUCCUCACGAGUGCCAGAUCUGCAGCAAGGCGUUCAAGCACAAGCACCACCUCAUAGAGCACAGCAGGCUGCACUCGGGGGAGAAGCCCUACCAGUGUGACAAGUGCGGCAAGCGCUUCUCCCACUCGGGCUCGUACUCCCAGCACAUGAACCACCGCUACGCCUACUGCAGCCGGGACCAGGAGCCCGACCAGGACCCGGACCAGGACCACGACAUGCCCCUCACCCCGGACGGGACGGGGACGGGCAGCGAUUUCGGGGCACGACUGGCCGCCGGCGAGACCCCCCCCUCUCUGGAUGACUCCCAGACCCCUCACUCCUUCCUCAGCGACUCCAGCCUGGACGGGGGGCACGUUGGGCUGAUGAGCAGGGAGGAGGAGGAGGAGGAGGAGGAGGAGGGGGAGGAGGGGGAGGAGGAGGACGGUUACAAUAUAAUUGUGUACAGGAUGAGUGACAGUUGCGCUGAGGAGGCACGGAAAGGUGCGCUGGGAGGAGAGGAGGCGGGGGGGCGGGGCCUGGGGGAGCCGUUGGCCGUGCAGGAACACCCGGCCCACGGCCUCGUGCUUCAAGGGCUGGGAGGGGACAGGGGGGCGGAGAGAGCAGAGCUCCAGCAGUGGAGCGACAAAACAGGGGAACAGAAUGCAGCUGUGGAACAUAAACUGGGCCUGGACGCCGCUGAAUCGUGAAUCGACAAAGACAAUUAAUAUCCAAAUAUUUUUUUUAAGGUUUAUAUUAUGCGUGUCCUUAUUGCCCUCAAUGCGUCUGUUUUUGGGUAUCCCUAUAUUUAUGCCGGAUAAAAUAUCCUCAUCUUUCCGUCAACUCAUUAAAAACGACGCUGUUAGAACCAUAACAACAUCAAGGCUAUGCAAGCUAUAAAAUGUAAAAGAUUUUUCUAUGCAAUAUUAUACAAUCAUCUGACAAACUUGUUUUCAAUCCUUGUAUUUUGCUCUUUUGAGUUGCAUCAUGCAUAUAAAAUGUAUGAUAAAUAGAAGGGCCAUUUUCAUUUCUUUGUCCAAAUCAUGCCAACAUUUGUAUUUAGAACUGUUUCAGGAUAAUCUUUUAUUACCCCUUGCAGUAUUAAUGCGGAAGACCAUAACUGUGAGUUGUUAAUUUGUCAGCCUCAUUAGCAUUGCAAUAAGUCGAUUUGUCGCUCGGUCUUGUUUAUUUAUUUUUCGUUUUUUAAUGCAAGUCAUACUAACCUUUAAUAUCCUGUGGCGCUCAUUGGAUCACAAGAUCACAUUUUUAAAAAGCAAAAUAGGAAGAUGAUACUUCAACAAACAAUGCUACUACUUCUACCAAAGCAAGUAGUAAGGGUGAACUUUGAACCGACUUGGUGAAAUUAUUACACAGGAUUUUAUACAAUAUUCUCUUACUAUAAUGCUGUGAAAUAUUGAUGAUGAUGAUGCUGCAAAUAUCGCUCGCUUAAACAUAUUAACCACAGGGCAGAGAAAGAACCCACUCAACAAUGUUUACUCUCAACCUAUUUUAGCAGUAGUAGGAGAUCAUUAUUGUUCCUGUCUUAAUUAGACAUCCUACAUUUUAUUUUUAAAUUGCCAGACCGCUGGAUCAUUAAGUCAGCACCCUAAUUGAAGCCAUUCUUCUCGUAAACUGAAGAAAUAAACAUACACCAUAUUGUACAUAUUAGGAGGUCUCCAGUAACAGGGCUAAAAAUGUGUUGGUUUAUUUUGCACAAGGUUGCAUUUUGCACGAGGCUGAGCCCGAACGCCACGAGGAGAGCAACAUGUCGUGGGUGUAGUGUAGCCAGGUGCAGGGAAACUCUCAAACAGGCUUCCGCAAACCCUCAGCGUCCCGAGGAGCGAAGAGAUGAACAUCAGCCUCAGACUUCCUCUUUUGGUCAUUAGUGGUGGGCCUCAGUUGUCCCCUGGGACGCUGUGAGUCGUCUCCGCUUUGACACCAGCAGAUAAGUCUGUGACUGUGUUUUAACAAUCGAUAACAACAGCCCUGGGCACGUCGCACUUUUCGCCCACAAUGAGUGCAUGUGUGUGUGUGUCUCUGCGUGUGUGCCUGUGUGUGUUUGUGCGUGUGCGUGUGCGUGUGUGUGUGUGUGUGUGUGUGUUUUAAAGGAACCAUGGCUGAAUUAGACUUUUGCUAUUCCUUUUGAGCAAUAUAUUUUACCGUUUACCGUACGGAAUAAAAAUCACAUGUAUGUGGUAUAUAACUACCAUGCAUGUGGUUGGUUUGUUUUUCUAGCACCUGUAAGGCUUUGCAGUGAAUUCCUUUGUGUUUUUGCAUGUCUGUGAAUAUUUGUAAUAAAGUGUACAUAACUUAUUGCAAGCGUUAUAUUGUUUUUAUCCCACA